AGGAGCUGCUGCCAGUACAAGUUUGUGUAGGAAAAGAUUGUGGGAGAUAUGGGAGCCUUGUUUGGACUUACAGUGUCCACAGGCUACAUUAUUCUCUCUUGUCUUAUAGCAUGGUGGGCAAGAAAGUUAGCUGACAAAGUUUGGCCAAAAUCAACUAUAGCAAAAUGUCUUUUCCUAGAAGGUAUUGCCACUUGGGAGUUGUGCUCAACAUGCUUUGAACUUAUCAUAGUUGCUGAUAAUUAUGGAGUUCUCACUUAUGGUUUAUAUCUUUUCCUGUUAACCAUUUGGUGGUCACAAGUAUGGGGUGACUCUUCUGCUUGUCCCUAUACCCACAUUGAAGAAAUCGUAGAGGGUGGUCAAGGACCUGCUGUGGUUGUUGCUAAAAUUCUAGCGGAAUUAGCUGGUGGUGCGUUAACUUUCAGGUAUGCACAGUACCUCUGGAGCUUAGAAGUAACAAUUAAUCAUAGGGGAAGAGCUUAUGAAGCAUGCACUGCAGAUUUGCAGGUACCUGCCCUCAUAGGAGCUGUCAUUGAAGGUUUAGCAACCUGCCUCUGCAGGAUCGUCUCCAGGGCUAUUUCCGAAGUUGGAGUACCCUACGGAUACGUCGCGGAUUCCUUCUUCGGGACAGCUAUGGUUUUAGCAGCUUUCAACUACUCCGGCGGAUACUUCAACCCAGCCCUUGCAACAGGUCUCAAGCUGGGCUGUGCUGGCCACACCACCACCCAGUUCGGCCUGGUCUAUUGGGUGGGUCCUAUCGUGGGAGCGGUAGCAUCUGUCUUCUUAUAUAGAGGACCAUUUGUCCAAGGCUUGGUGAAGAAGAUGUCAAGAAAGCAAGACUGAGGACUCUUCAAGUCUUCACGAUUCUAUUAUAAAAUAAUGACUUGUAAUCGCAGGGUUAUUAUUUCUGUUAAAUAUCUAUUUAUUGAACUGCUACAAAUAUCAAAUUAAUAUUAUAAAUUAACAAAAUAAUAAUUUUAAAAAAUAAUAAACUAUUUAUUUUAUCGAUAACUCUCAAUUAUAUAGAAUUAUUUGAAUUGUUAGAUCCUUACAAAAUAUUGCUAC